GUACACGGGUCCCCUGUUGGAGGAGGAAGCCCUGAACAAAGCAGCAGAAAAUGGAUUGUCUUCACCAGAAUUUUUUGAGCUUUGCAUUUGGUUAGGUUCCCAAAUAAAGUCACUUUGUAAUAUGGAAGAAAGCAUCACUUCAACAGAUGGUGAUAAAGAUGUAGAGAGCUUCCAACUUGAGAUUAGUGGCUUUCUGAGAGAAAUGGCUUGUCCAUAUUCAUCACUUAUAUCUGGAGACAUCAAGGACAGAUUAAGAGAGAAAGACGAUUGUCUUAAACUCCUCUUAUUUCUAAGUACAGAACUUCAGGCUUUAAAGAUACUGCACAGCAAGAAAAUUAAAGGCUCUCAUUUGGAAAAGCACAGUGAAAUUUAUCAGGAGGUGCAAGCUAUUUGUGAUGCGCUGGGCUUGCCAAACUCCUCAUCUUCUGAUAUUCCUCCCUUGUUAACCAAUGCGGAACAAAAGAUAAAGGACAUUCUCUCAAAAGUUCAAAAUAACCAUGUGGGGAAAUCACUGCUAACAAAACCUCUGAAUUCUGACCAAGUGGAAAGAUUGGAAAAAAUCAAUGAUGCUCUUCGCAGUGAGUACGAAUGCCGCCGACGUAUGUUAAUGAAGAGGCUAGAUGUGACAGUACAGUCUUUCGGCUGGUCAGAUAGAGCAAAGGUAAAAACAGAUGACAUAGCACGAAUCUAUCAGCCCAAGCGCUAUGCAUUAUCUCCAAAGUCAACUAUUACAUUAGCUCACCUUCUUGCUGCUCGAGAAGAUUUAUCGAAGAUCAUAAGAACAAGUAGUGGAUCAACACGGGAAAAUACAGUCUGUGCGAUCAACAAGGUUCUGAUGGGGAGAGUACCUGACCGUGGAGGCAGGCCAACAGAGAUUGAACCACCUCCUCCUGAAAUGCCUCCUUGGCAAAAAAGACAAGAAGGUGGUGGAAGAGGUGGCUGGGGAGGUGGGGGUGGUGGUGGAAGGGGCAACUGGGGAGGUGGAGGGGGUAGAGGAGGAGGAGGAGGUGGUGCUUUUGGAGGUGGAGGUUUCAGAGGUGGUGGAAGAGGUGGAGGUGGCUUCCAAGGUGGCAGGGGAGAUUAUGGUGGCAGGGGAGGUUAUGGUGGCAGGGGAGGCUAUGGUGAUCCAUAUGGUGGAAGAGGAGGGGGGGGAUACCGAAGAUACUAA